AUGGAGACAGGAAAUGAGACAUUGAGCACAGACUUCAUUCUCCUGGGCCUUUUCCCUGGAAUGAGACACACUGGGCUCCUUGUUUCCAUCGUCCUCCUCGUCUGCACCAUUGCCAUCACAGGAAACACCAACCUGAUCUUCCUCAUCUGGGCAGAUCCCCGCCUUCAUACCUCCAUGUAUUUCCUGCUGAGCCAACUCUCCCUCGCUGACCUGGCCUUCAUCUCUAGCAUAGUCCCCAAAAUGGUGACCAAUUUCUUCUCAGGGAGGAGAAAGAUCUCCCCGACUGGCUGUGGGGCCCAGGUCUUCUUCACCUUGGCUCUGGGGAUAGCUGAGUGCCUCCUCUUGACAUUCAUGGCUUACGACCGCUAUGUGGCCAUCUGUCACCCUCUCAAGUACUCGAUCAUCAUCAGCCGCCAGGUCACCCAUCUGAUGUCUGUGGGGUCCUGGGUGGGCGGGGCUCUGGCGUCCUUGGUCCAUACAUCCUACGCUCUGCACUUUCCCCUCUGUGGCCCCCGAGAACUCCACCACUUCUUUUGUGAGGUCAAAGCCAUCCUGAAGCCGUCCUGCAAGGACACCUCUGCCUAUGAGAAAGGGGUAGUAAUGACCAGCACUGCUGUGGUUCUUCUCCCCAUAGGCCUCAUUCUGACCUCCUACACCCUCAUCUUCCUCCAGGUCCUGCAAAUGAACUCCCCCGAGGGCAGGAACAAGGCCUUGGCUACCUGCUCCUCCCACCUUACUGUGGUCACCUUUGACUAUGGCCCAGCCACGCUGAUAUACAUGAGGCCUGGGUCUUCCCAUACCCCGAUUUCGAACCAGGCUCUCUUUAUGUUUGACACCAUCCUCACCCCCAUGCUGAACCCUCUCAUCUAUAGCCUGAGGAACAGGGAAGUGGGGGGCUCGAUGAGGAAGGUGCUGGGGAGGUACCUCAUCUCAAAGUAG